CCUGUUUCCUCCGUAUCUCCUGUGUGUUGCAGACGCAGCCGGAGGGCCAGAUGGUGUGUGUUACACUUGUUUCCCUGUUGCUGCGUCUGGUGUUUAUACGCCACGGCCAGACACACACGGCCACAUCCCUCAAAACACGAUUUCCACAUCGGAGCACAGAGACGCACAGGGGAAAGGAUGGAAGGAGGUGAUACCAGAGAGGUCAAAUACUUCAGAAUGGCAGUAGUGAGUCUGGGGCUGUUGUGUGUACUUCUGCUCUCCAUCACUCUACCAGCGGCCAUUAAAGGAAUUGCAGAGAGAAACCAGCAACAGCAACUCAUUCACAUCAACCUCACCAAGGAACGAGACGAACUUCAGGCCAAGACCACCAUCCUGACCGAAGAUAAAAACUUGUUGCAGAAAAUGAACACCAUAUUGAACCAGAACAAAGACCAGUUACAGGAAAAUAUCACCAUCUUGACCGAAGAAAAAGACCAGCUGCACGAAAGAAACGCCAUCCUGACCCAAGAGAAAGGCCAAUUGCAGGAAAAAAACACUAUCCUGUCCCAAGAAAAGGAUCAGCUGCAGACAAUGAACACCACUUUGAACCUGGACAAUGAACAGUUACAGGACAAUAUCACCAUCUUGACCCAAGAGAAAGGCCAAUUGCAGGAAAGAAACACCAUCCUGACCCAUGAAAAAAUACAGUUGCUGACGAUGAACACCAUCCUGACCCAAGAGAAAGGCCAGUUACAGGAAAAAAAUGCCAUCCUCACCCAAGAGAAAGAUCAAUUGCAGGAAAGAAACACUAUCCUGACUGAAGAAAAAGACCAGCUGCAGACAAUGAACACCAUCCUGAACCAGGAUAAAGAGCAGUUACAGGAAAACGUCACCAUCUUGACAGAAGAAAAAGACCAGUUGCACGAAAGAAACGCCAUCCUGACCCAAGAGAAAGGCCAAUUGCAGGAAAAAAACACUAUCCUGUCCCAAGAAAAGGAUCAGCUGCAGACAAUGAACACCACUUUGAACCUGGACAAUGAACAGUUACAGGACAAUAUCACCAUCUUGACCCAAGAGAAAGAACAGUUGCAGGAAAGAAACACCAUCCUGUCCCAAGAAAAAAUACAGUUGCUGACGAUGAACACCAUCCUGACCCAAGAGAAAGAACAGUUGCAGGAAAGAAACACCAUCCUGUCCCAAGAAAAAGACCAAUUGCAGAAAAUGAACACUAUCCUGACUGAAGAAAAAGACCAGCUGCAGACAAUGAACACCAUCCUGAACCAGGAUAAAGAGCAAAAGGCCAGUUGCAGGAAAGAAACACCAUCUUGGUCCAGAAGAUGGACCAGUUGCAGAGAAGAGAUACCCCCAUGGAAGUGUUUUGGUUCCAGUCAAUACUACAUUUCCAGAGAUAUGAGAAGCUGGAAUGAAAGCAAACAACAAUGCAUGGAUCUAGGGGCUCAUUUGGUCAUCAUCGACAGUGAGGAAGAACAAGAGUUUAUCCAUGCACUAAUAAACCAACCCUAUAUCUAUGACAAAAGAGCCUGGAUUGGUCUUAGUGAUUUGGAGACUGAGGGUACCUGGAAAUGGGUAGAUGGCAAAGUCCUGGAUACACCUGGAUUUUGGAUGCAGGAUGAACCAAAUGACGUCCAUGGUGCCGAAGACUGUGUAGAGGUGAUAAAUAGCUGGCGCACUUUAGGCCUACCACUAAAAAGCUGGAAUGAUAAUGUGUGUAGAAAGGCCAUGUAUUACAUUUGUGAAAUACAAUGACUACUGUAGCCUAUCAUUGGUGAAAUAUAA